GAGUUUUGUCACAACAUUGUGGCAUAAUUGCGGAAGUUCUAAAGCACUGGACACUUGCUUUCGUCACGCCUGUGCGUUUUAUGAACACAAAUAAACAAACUUCAGAGAAUAGCACCAGUGUUAUCAUAUUCCCCAAGAGCUAAUUUCGAAAGCAUGUGGUUGCAUACGGCAAUACUGGUUUACAAUGUCUAGCCGUAUCUUAGAGGAAGGAUUAAGCGAUUCAGAUCGAAAACCGCUCCUCGACUACCCGGACACGUCGCUGUCUGACUCGGAUACAGAAGGAGAUGCUGUUUUUGAACGUAAGAAAAGGAGACAUGUCAAUGAAACAGCUCAGGGUCCAAAAUUCUCCUAUGAAGAAGCAGUUGAAGAAGCAGGUUUUGGUUUGUUCCACGGUUUGCUGCUGGUUGUCUGUGGGUGGGCCAAUGCCAGUGAUGCAGUGGAGAUCCUGUGUGUGUCCUUCCUCCUUCCAACUGCUCGCUGUGACCUACAGCUCAGCUCCUCCGACAUGGGUCUGCUGACAGCCAGCAUCUUCCUGGGAAUGAUGAUCGGAGGCUAUGUGUGGGGUUACCUCGCUGACCAGAAGGGGCGACAGAGGGUCCUGGUGAUCUCUCUGACUGUGAACGGGGUGUUUGGAGCACUGGCCAGCCUGGCCCCCCGGUUCUGGCUCUUUCUGCUGCUGCGGUUUAUCAGUGGCAUCGGGGUUGGAGGCUCCAUUCCCGUCAUCUUCUCCUACUUUUCUGAGUUCCAGCCUCGCACUAAGAGGGGAGCGAUGAUCAGUGGUCUAGCCACAUUCUGGAUGGCUGGGAAUAUACUGGCAGCAGGCUUGGCCUGGCUGGUUAUUCCCAACACUUUCCUAAGUUUCCAGCUGGGGACGCUGGAGUUCCAAAGCUGGAGGCUCUUUGUGGUGCUGUGCUCCAUCCCCAGCCUGUCCUCAGCACUCAUUUUUGGGCUGGUCAUGCCAGAGAGCCCCAAGUUCCUCAUGGAGGCCGGACGAGUGGAGGCAGCCGUCUGCGUGUUUAGGAAGAUGUAUAACUUCAAUCACAGAGGGAACACCAAGCCUUUUCCAAGGAACUCUGUGUUACUGCAACACAUGGAGCUGGCUCAGCAGGUCACAGAAUUAAAGAUCAGUCCAACAUCAGAAAAAGGAAAAAUAGUUGCCAAUACAAAAAUACAGAGGAUCAGUCACAGAAUAAGGAAGGUUCUGGAACCCAUUCAGAAGCUUUUCUCCGAUCACUUGACUUCAAGAAGUGUUCUUCUGCUGAUUAUCUUUUUCUGCAUAUCAUUUGGGUACUAUGGCCUGUGGAUGUGGUUUCCAGAACUCUUCAAAAGGAUAGAAGACGGUGGCUCUCCGUGUGCUAAUGCAUCUCAGUCAUCAAGCUCUCUGCAGCCAGCGAAUGCCACCUGCUACCAUGUGAAAACUGAAGUGUACAUGGAGGGCUUCAUCACUGCAGCUGCCAAUCUGCCUGGAAAUAUAUUUACUAUCUUUAUGAUGGACGUGGUGGGAGGGAAGGUCCUGCUUACUUUCAGCCUCCUCCUGUCGGGAGUCAGCGUGUUCUUCAUCUGGGCAGUCCAGACCAAGACCCAGACCCUGAUCAUGUCGUGUGUGUUCAGCGCGGUCUCGGUCAUCGCAUGGAACGCUCUGGAUGUCAUCGGCACAGAGCUGUACCCCACACAGCUCCGCUCGUCUGCUCUUGGUUUCUUCACGGGAGUCGGUCGUGUGGCAUCGAUCCUGGGGAACGUGGUGUUUGGUCAGUUGGUUGAUACUAACUGUGCUGUUCCCAUUCUCCUGGUGGCAGCCUUGCUCUUCAUUGGAGGUGUGGCUGCUAUCAAACUGCCUCACACUAAACAUGCUGAGCUGACCUAAAAGCAGAACUUGUCACACUUGCAUUUGUUUACUCAUUUUGAAUAUGUGCCUUAACUGAAGGAAUAGGAUACUUUAAUUCCCUCAAAUCAGCAUUAAAGCAGUCAUUUACUCAUUAAUUUAUCAGUAGCAUUUAAAUAUAAAAGAUGUAUAUUAGACAUUGAAUUGUGAUACUCAAGGCACAUGUACCGUAUUUCCUAGGCUGAAAAUAUAUUUAUGCAUUGCCACAAGACCUAUCACUGCUCUAUAAAGACUUGGGGCUGGGGACGUUCCUGUUGUGACCACAGCUUUGUGCCAUUCACACCUUUCAUGAGUACCAAUACAAAAACACACAAAAAAAACAAGUGCAAGUUAUUGUACAGGUUGUGGACAAAAAAAAAAAAAAAAAAAAGGAAA